AUGGUUGAAAACAUUGAAGUGGCAUUUUCAACUCCAACAAGUAUAUAUAAGCAAAAUAAUUUUGAAGUCGAUGGCAAAAGUGCAUCAAGACAAGAAUUCCCUUUCCAGGAUGCAUUUGCACUAACAACAUCAAUUCAAGAGCUAAUUAAAACUGCACCGGUGUUUGCACCUUGUUAUAAUAAUGCAUGUAUCAAUGGAAUGGCCAUAGAAAUUAACAUCAGCAUCACAUCAAAUCUACCAAAUUGUAUUUUUGAACCUGUGGUAUUAAACUGGAUUUUCAAUGCCAAAAUAACAAACAUCAUAAAGAAUAUAGCAGAACGGUGUCUUAAACAAGAAAAUACAACUUCUGUGGAAGAAACUGGUCUAGAAAAUGUUGAAUAA